AUGGCACCGCUCAAGACAGGCAUCACUCGCGCCCUGCGAUCGAAAGUUGCCGGGCAAAGCCAACUCAUCCAGCGCGGGAUCGCUGCAACCGCAAAAACAAGCAACUGGACCAACUCCACAACAUCAACAAAUAGAAAGCCGUCCUCGACACCUUUUCCACUUUCAGAUUUUCCACGAGGCACACCGCUACGAAACAUCCCUCCACCUCAACCCCGCAUCGCCCACCACAACACCAACACAUUUACGACGCUCCUCAACGACAUCACUCACUCUCUCACAACAACGCCCUCUCCACACCUCCCAACUCUACACAACCUUCUUCACUCCUACACCUCAGAACCCUCCCAUUGGUCAAAAUUCGCACACGCCAAUCCCGAAAAACAAUACACCCGCAACCUCGUCUGCGAAGUGCCCGGGAUCUUCAACCUCCUCCUCCUCGUCUGGACACCCGGCAAAGCCUCGCCAAUUCACGACCACGCUGACGCGCACUGCCUGAUGAAAGUCCUCCACGGGUCCAUCCGCGAACGCCGCUUCGCAAUCCCUUUCAACCCUGGCACCGGACCCUUGCAGGACACUGGACCCUUGCAGGAAACGUCCAGCCUAUCCUUCGGGCCGAAUAAAGUCACGUACAUGGCUGAUGCGCUCGGCCUACACUCGAUUGAAAACCCGAGCCCGACGGAGUUUGCGGUUAGCUUGCAUCUUUACACGCCGCCGAAUGCUGCGAUGAGGGGGUGUCAUCUUUUUGAGGUGGAGAGUGGGCAGAGGAGGCACGUGAUGCAGGGGGCUUAUGAUUCUGUGGGUGGUAUGGUGCCGCCGAAUGCGCAGUAA